GCGGUUCUCCCGGCUCGGGGAGCCAGAGUCCGCUCCGCCAGCCCUCCCGCUAGCCGUCCAGCUCCAGCCACCGCCGCCGCGACUCCCCGAGCUGAGCCCCAUGGCCCGCACCGCGACCCGCGCUCCCCGGCUCCUCGGCGCCGCGCUGCUGCUCCUGCUCCUGGUCCCCGCCGCCCGGCGCGCCGCAGGGGCGCCCGUAGUCACCGAGCUGCGCUGCCAGUGCCUGCAGACCGUGCAGGGCAUUCACCUCAAGAACAUCCAGAGCGUCAAGGUGACGCCGUCGGGCCCCCACUGCGCCCACACCGAAGUCAUAGCCACUCUCAAGAACGGACACCAAGCCUGUCUCAACCCCGAAGCCCCCAUGGUCAAGAGAAUCAUCGAAAAGAUGCUAAGCAAGGGCAGCAACAACUGAGCUAGAGAGAGAAGGCAGAAGUUCAUGGCUUACUGUGGCAGCCUCAGUGGAAUGGGAUAGAAAGAAAAGAAACCAAAGCCUCCAGGGACCAUCUGGACUGUGUUCAAUCUAUUUGACUGUUCCCUAUGAGUAUUCGUCUAUUUUCAACAUAUGUAUUUAUUUGUUUAUUUAUUUAUUUAUUUAUUUUUCAAAGCUAGCAUAGUAAUGUUCUAGCUAAUAUUUAAAGAUAUGAAUUUGGUAAUUUGCUGUACUAUUAUUUUUAAAGGUCACUUUUAUGCUAAAGUUAGUUCAGUUCCUUUUAAUUUGUAAGUGAUGAGUCUUAAAUGUUCUUCAUUCAUUAAACUUUAUUAUGUGUUGGGGGGAGGGGAGGGGAAACCACGCCCUGUCAUUCCCUAUGAUAAAGGCUGGAGAUAAAUAGUUUGGGAUCCAAGCACACAGGUUACUGUUAAGGUUGUGGAAUGUAUGUGUGCAUUUAUUUUUGUACUGCUCAGAAGAAUGCCAAUUGUUAUUUAUUGAGAGAGUUUUA